GAGAGAGAGAGAGAGUGCCCUGGCAGCUGUCGGCCGGAAGGAACUGGUCUGCUCACACUUGCUGGCUUGCGCAUCAGGACUGGCUUUAUCUCCUGACUCACAGUGCAAAGGCGCUCUCUGCGAACGUUAAGUCCAUCCCCAGCGCUUGGAACCCUACGGCCCCCACAGCCGGAUCCCCUCAGCCUUCCAGGUCCUCAACUCCCGCGGACGCUGAACAAUGGCCUCCAUGGGGCUACAGGUAAUGGGCAUCGCGCUGGCCGUCCUGGGCUGGUUGGCCGUCAUGCUGUGCUGCGCGCUGCCCAUGUGGCGCGUGACGGCCUUCAUCGGCAGCAACAUUGUCACCUCGCAGACCAUCUGGGAGGGCCUAUGGAUGAACUGCGUGGUGCAGAGCACCGGCCAGAUGCAGUGCAAGGUGUAUGACUCGCUGCUGGCGCUGCCGCAGGACCUGCAGGCGGCCCGCGCCCUCGUCAUCAUCAGCAUCAUCGUGGCCGCUCUGGGCGUGCUGCUGUCCGUGGUGGGGGGUAAGUGUACCAACUGCCUGGAGGAUGAGAGCGCCAAGGCCAAGACCAUGAUCGUGGCGGGCGUGGUGUUCCUGUUGGCCGGCCUUAUGGUGAUAGUGCCCGUGUCCUGGACGGCCCACAACAUCAUCCAAGACUUCUACAACCCGCUGGUGGCCUCCGGGCAGAAGCGGGAGAUGGGUGCCUCGCUCUACGUCGGCUGGGCCGCCUCCGGCCUGCUGCUCCUUGGCGGGGGGCUGCUUUGCUGCAACUGCCCACCCCGCACAGACAAGCCUUACUCCGCCAAGUAUUCUGCCGCCCGCUCUGCUGCUGCCAGCAACUACGUGUAAGGUGCCAUGGCUCCACUCUGUUCCUCUCUGCUUUGUUCUUCCCUGGACUGAGCUCAGCGCAGGCUGUGACCCCAGGAGGGCCCUGCCACGGGCCACUGGCUGCUGGGGACUGGGGACUGGGCAGAGACUGAGCCAGGCAGGAAGGCAGCAGCCUUCAGCCUCUCUGGCCCACUCGGACACCUUCCCAAGGCCGCCUCCUGCUAGCAAGAACAGAGUCCACCCUCCUCUGGAUAUUGGGGAGGGACGGAAGUGACGGGGUGUGGUGGUGGAGUGGGGAGCUGGCUUCUGCUGGCCAGGAUGGCUCAACCCUGACUUUGGGAUCUGCCUGCAUCGGUGUUGGCCACUGUCCCCAUUUUCAUUUUCCCCACUCUGUCUGCCUGCAUCUCCUCUGUUCUGGGCAGGCCUUGAUGUCACCUCUGGGACUGUGCCUUGCUCACCGAAACCCGUGCCCAGGAGUAUGGCUGAGGCCUUGCCCACCCACCUGCCUGGGAAGUGCAGAGUGGAUGGACGGGUUUAGAGGGGAGGGGCGAAGGUGAUGUAAACAGGUUUGGGCAGUGGUGGGGGAGGGGGCCGAGAGGCGGCUCAGGCUGCCCAGCUCUCAGGACUCUCUGCCUCAUCCACUUCAGCCCAGGCCCCGGAGACUGAUCCCCUCUGAGUCCUCUGCACCUGCCAAGGACACUAACCAGCCUGGGAGGGUGGCAGGCAGGAGGGGACAGCUUCACCCUCGGAAGUCCUGGGGUUUUUCCUCUUCCUUCUUUGUGGUUUCUGUUUUGUAAUUUAAGAAGAUCUAUUCAUCACUGUAAUUAUUAUUAUUUUCUACAAUAAAUGGGACCUGUGCACAGGAGGAACUUU